AUGCACAAAGGCAACGAGGAUGAUGAUUAUGAUGAUGUCCGGCUUGCAGAUGAUUCGGAGCUACGACAAAAAAGUCCUUUCUUCCACCAUCGUCAUCGUCUGCAGGAAGACGAUCCAUUACAAAGUUCCGAGAAGCAGCAACUGGAAAAUAACUACCACCACCUUGACGACAUUGACAACAACCAUCAUGAUUCCCAUCCCCAUAGCCACAAAAACUAUGACAACAAUAACCACGACAACAACGACGACAAAAAUGAUAGUAACCAUGGAAACAACGACGAUGACGACGACGAGUUUGACUGGAACGACGAUCCAGACCAGCCACGGCCAAAGCGUCGCAAAACCACCAAACAGAGAAUCCAGGAUGCAAUGCGCCGACCAUGCUGCUGGAGCUACCUUUCUCCUUUUGCAAAACGGUUCAUCUUGGCGCUGGUUGGUUCGUGCGUCUUCAUCACUCCCGCCGUGUGUGUGAACCAGCUGCUCCCCGUGCCUACAGACGACGAAAGGGCCGAUCCGGAUUUCAAAAACGUGCGUAGCAACCUGCAGCUCUGGCUCUACUGGGCUGCUUCUCUUCAUUGCGCCGCCUGGAUCUGUGCUGUCAUUGUCGAGUCCGUCCCUGCCGUUGUGUCCUUGUGGACCAAAGUGUUUAAAGGAAGACGUUCGGAGAAAGUAAAAUCGUCCAUGGAGUAUUACAUGAGCUUAAAACGAUAUUUGAUGAUUCUUAUCUUGGCCUCAUGGAACUGGGGCUCUUGGGCAUUCUUACUGGAUUAUCCGUAUAACUCUGUCAAAGACCAAAGCUACUCGGCCGUCAUUACCAAAGUGUUUGCCUGCAUUUUUGUCGCUAGCUGCUGGCUGUUUGCUCAGAAGGUCGUUGUACAGGUUAUCGCAACCCGAUUUCAUCGCGAAGCAUUCAGCGACCGACUUCGAGAGAAUAAGCAUGCCCUUAAAAUACUUGAUACCUUGAGCAAAUCCGAAGCCCGCAAAUCGAGGCCCGAAGCCAAUGGUCGUUUACGAAGCCGUCGUCCCAACAGCGGUUCAUCGGAAAAAAGCAGCGACAGUGCUGCCGACCAUACCACUACUGCCGCUUCUGAUGUACAAACGACACAACACUGGUGCGGAGAUUCUUGGGCAGUUCAGAACAUUGUCCUGACCGACCAACCUCAAGUGCGGAGCCGGAUCGACCGCAACAAGGUGGACAUCAACUCAAACGAGUAUGCAAAAAAAGUGGCCAAGAAGCUUUUUUAUUCGCUCGCUUUCCCCCAUGCUAGCUUCGUAGCUCCUUUGACGAACGAAGAAGAGUCCAAGACGUCGCUGGACAUGCAUCACUUUGAGCCGUAUUUUCACAACCGGGAGGAGGCAGAAAAGGCCUUUGCUGUGUUUGACAGAGAUGGCAAUGGUAAUUUAACGCGGCGCGAGUUCCGUGACACUGUACUACGGAUCUACAAGGAGCGCAAGGCGCUGGCCCAGUCGAUGCGGGAUACCAGCCAGGCCUUGGGCAAAAUCGAUACCAUGCUACUGAUUAUCAGUGUCGCUUCCACCGUCUUUAUAUCCCUUGCCAUUUUUAAUGUUGAUCUUUGGCAAGCCCUGGUACCCCUCGGCUCGUUCUUGCUGGCACUGACGUUCAUCUUUGGCAAUUCGUGCAAAAAUACCUUUGAAAGUGUCAUGUUCCUUUUUGUAACGCAUCCCUAUGAUGCAGGUGACUACCUCCUUAUUGAUGACCAGUUCUUGCUUGUCCAUGAGCUUGGCUUGAUGGGAACCGUGUUUAUUCGAGGCGAUGGUCAGCAAGUCUAUGCACCUACCACAGUGCUAAUGACCAAACUCAUUGUCAACGUGCGCCGCUCUGGCGAUAUGGGCGAAUCGAUCGUGAUCAACAUCGAUUUCCGAACCCCUACGGACCGGUUGAUGCUGUUGAGCAAACGCCUUACCGAUUGGGUGAAUGGCGAAUCGCGCGACUAUGCGCCAGGGUUUGAUAUGCGUGUCACUGAUAUCAUCGAUGUCAACCAAAUCAUUUUGACUAUGUGGCUGCCACACAAAGGCAAUUGGCAGGAUCUCGGUAAAAGAUUUCAGCGACGAACGAAGUUCUUGAUCGCAGUCAAGGAUAUCUUGACGGAGCUCGGUAUCCGAUACGAGUUGCCUGCUCAGCGCUUCACCCAAUCUGCUGUUGAGCAACCGUUCCUUGGCAGUAGCACUACUAAUAACCAGCAGGCUGGCAAUAGUAAUGGGAGCAGCAGUAUUAUGUCUGUGACACCACAGUCUUUUGCACAAGGAUCACAAGCAGUUUCUGCAACAACUGGACGAUAA